CGAAGCAAAGUGCCGACUACGAGGAGCGUCUUCUUGUUUCCUCUGAUCGUAAAACAAGAGAGAGGGAGAGAGAGAGAGGGGUUGGACAGCCACCGACCUCCGGGCAAGCCCAUGAGCAGGGGAGUGGCUCCUCUGCCCACGUUAGGAAUGCGCAGGGAGUGUGUGGGGAGCAUCAAUCAGCCAUGGCGUCGUCGUUCAUCCCGGUGCCCGCCGACUCCGACUUCCCCAUGGAGAACCUCCCCUACGGCGUCUUCUCCACACGCGACAACCCUCGGCCUAGGAUCGGGGUGGCGAUCGGGGACCACAUCCUGGACCUGGGCGUGGUGAAGGAGGCCUUCAGCGGGCCCGAGCUUGCUCCUCACCAACACGUGCUCACCGAGGCGUCUCUGAACGGGCUGAUGGCGCUGGGCGGCGGCGCGUGGAGGGAGCUGCGUGAGGCGCUGCAGCGCCUCCUCGCCUCCACGGGAGGCGGUGGAGCCCUGCGGGACGACGCCACCCUGCGCCGGCGGGCAUUCACGCUGCGAGAAGAGGCGACCAUGCACCUCCCCGCCAACAUCGGAGACUACACAGACUUCUACUCCUCACGGGACCACGCCACCAACGUGGGGAUCAUGUUCCGCGGUCCCGACAACGCUCUCAUGCCCAACUGGCUGCACCUCCCGGUGGGCUACCACGGCCGUGCCUCCUCCGUGGUGCCGUCGGGGACUCCGAUUCGCCGCCCCCACGGGCAGACGCGGCCCCACGACGACCAGCCCCCCGUGUUCGGAGCGAGCCGCCUGCUGGACUUCGAGCUGGAGAUGGCCUUCUUUGUGGGGCCCGGCAAUCGGCUGGGCGAGCCCAUUGCCAUCGAGCGCGCGCAGGAUCACAUCUUCGGCAUGGUGCUCAUGAACGACUGGAGCGCCCGCGACAUCCAGAAGUGGGAGUACGUGCCGCUGGGGCCCUUCCUGGGCAAGAACUUCGGCACCUCCAUCUCCCCCUGGGUGGUCACCAUGGAGGCGCUGGCACCGUUCGCGCUGCCCAACGCCAAGCAGGAGCCGCCGCCGCUCCCGUACCUGCAGCACGCCGACGCCUUCUCCUUCAACAUCGACCUCAGCGUGGGGAUCCGCGGAGAGGGGAUGGCUGAGCCGGCGACCGUCUGCAAAUCCAACUUCAAGCACAUGUACUGGAGCAUGAAGCAGCAGCUGGCACACCACACGGCCUCCGGCUGCAACGUGCGUCCCGGAGACCUGCUGGCGUCCGGCACCAUCAGCGGCCCGGAGCCGGGGAGCUUCGGCUCCAUGCUGGAGCUGUCGUGGAAGGGCACCAAGAGCGUGGACCUGGGCGGUGGGAACACUCGGAAGUUCCUCCAGGACGGAGAUGAAGUGAUCAUCACAGGUCACUGCCAGGGUGAGGGCUACCGCGUCGGGUUCGGGGCCUGCACGGGGAAGGUGCUGCCGGCCCUGUGAGGCCGCCCACAGCCCAACACAUCCCUGUUAAGGCCACGACAGCCUCGUGAAGGCCAACACAGUCUCACGAAGGCUGACAAAGCUUAGCGAAGGCCUCCACAGCCUUGUGGAGGCUGACAGCUUUGCAAAGGUCUCCGCAGCCUUGCGAAGGUCGACGCAGCCUUGCUAAGGCCACCACAGGCUUGCGAUGGCCUGCACAGCCUUGCCAAGGCCUCCACAGGCUUGCGAUGGCCUGCACAGGCUUGCGAAGACCUCUACAGGCUUGUGAAGGCCACCACAGGCUUGCGAUGGCCUGCGCAGGCUUGCGAAAGUGUCUACAGCCUUGCGAAGGCCUCCGCAGCCUUAUAAAGGCCUCCACAGUCUUGUGAAGGUCGACGCAGCCUUGCUAAGGCCCUCCACAGGCUUGCGAUGGCCUGCACAGGCUUGCGAAGACCUCUACAGGCUUGCGAAGAACGCCACAGGCUUGCGAAGGCCACCGCAGGCCAUCGCAAGCCUGCGCAGGCUUGUGAAGGGCGUCUCCCACAGCUCUACGAUGAUUCGUGCUGAUCGUACCGAUGCCUCGCGUCUUAAGCGCCGAUUUCUCUCCGUAUAUUUUUUAUAUAAUCGAUACGCAAAACGUGCAGUACACACACGGGUGAUUUUUGGUGCAAAUUAAAGCUGUUGCUGAACGGUGA